CGUCACUACGCACGCACACAGAAAAACAUGGACGAUAGAAGUGUCUGUACUCCGCUGCUUGCGGAGUCAGACACUCAAAAUACCACUGCUAGUUCCCCUAACGCGGCUUCUGUCACAAAUGCUGGCAAAGUAAUAAACACUCAAAUAGAUAGCACCCAGGUUGAAGGAGACGAGCGACUGGAGGGUCUCCUCACUGACGACUACUGCCAUGUGUGCGAGGCUGUGCUGCUCUUUGAGUCUCAGCGGCUGUCGCACUAUGAGGGAAAAAAACAUGCUCAGAAAGUCAAAGUGUACCUGCAGGCCGAGAGAGCUGAGGACAUGGACAUCAGGUCAACGGGACUCCAGCAGACCACGACUACUGAUAAGGAUCGUUUCUGUGAGCUGUGUAAAAUGGUGUUUAGCUCCCACGUGGUCGCAAAAUCACACUAUGAAGGCAAAGUCCAUGCGAAAAAUCUCCGUAAAGAAGGUCCUCAGCCGCCAGUUGCAGACAUGAAGCCAGAGGUGCAGACUUUGCCAAGUCUGAUUCGGGAUCCUGGUGGUGCUCAACAGAAGUCCGCCCCACAGAGUGAUGUGAAGCAUCUCCUGGACCCAGCAGCUGCCCCCAGCGCAGGCAUUGACCUAAAAGACCCCAACAAGUUCUGUGCCAUGUGUGCUGCUUCCUUCAACAAUCCGCAAAUGGCUCUGCAGCACUACAACGGACGCAAACACCAGAGGAAUCAGGCCAGACAGGACCUGCUCAGAGAGCUCGGAGACGAUGACCAAAAAGCAAACUCCCUGAUGUGUCAGAUGUGUAGCCUGCAAUUUAACUCUGUGGAGAUGUACCAGGCCCACAUGCAAGGGAACAAACACCAGAUUAGGGAGAAAAAGGUUGUGAAUCUUUGCAAAUCACAACAAAAAGACUACAACACAUUUGCAGAUGAACUGGCCGAUUACGUUCAGGUUCAGAAGGCUCGUGGAAUCACCCCCAAGGCCGGUCAGGUCCUCCCUGCGGGGGACCUACGAACAGAGGGGAAGGAAGGUGAUAAAGAGGAGGAAGCCUUUCACAUGGGGGACAGCACUGAACUCAACCUGCGCAUGCCUCACCUCCCUCCCCCCUCCAACCCUCCUCAUCACUCCCACCCCGGCGGUUACUACCCACUACUACACACAGGGUGGCGGCCUCCGUAUCAGGGCUCCCCGCGGCCUUCCCAUCACUGGGAUUACAGCUUCCCUCCGGCGGUCCCCGCGGGGACGAGCUCUCCACGGUUCACCAACCCACCCACAAACAGGACGAGGCGCAGAAGGGAGUUGAGCUCCUCCUCGUGUACCACCUCGUCUUCUUACUCCUCCUACAGCAGUAGCUCAAGUGACAGCGAUGUCAGCGAAUUCAGGCGCAGAGAGAAGAGGAGAACUAGAACAUCCGGGAGGGAAGGAGACCGGAAGGCAAGGGAUGAGGAUUCGGACAAGGAGAGGAAGAGGAGGAAGCGACGAAGGAUGGAAAGAGAUGAUGACGAAGUAUCCGGAGAGUCCGAGAAAGAGGGCAGCAGAAAAAAGCGGAAAAAUCACAGCAAGCAGAGAAAAAGAGAAAAUAAAUGCAGAGAGGAGGACUUUGAGGUGGAAGGAGGGAAACGGGUGACGGACAAUUUAAUGCGAGAGAGCAUGAUGCUCAGUAGGAAGGAGACUGGAGUGCAUAUUCAUGCUGAAAUGAAUGUUGAACAGGGGGAGUGUGGACAGGACCAGCCAGCCAAAGCGAAAUACAGGAAAGAGAAUAAGAAAAUCAAAAUGAGAGCAGACACGAGGUCAGAGGAGGAGAAGCUGUGGGAUGACUCCAUUCUAGGAUGUUGAACUAAUAAACUGUUGAGCAAAAGCAUUAAGGUAUUGUGAGCAGGACGUGUUAAAUACCAUAAGCUGUCUAUUUUGAGAAUAUUCUUGACAGCCGUCAAGGAAGCAGUUUUUAUUAUCGCUCUGACAGCCAAACGAGUUGUCUGUGGGUGUGCUAGCUGGCUAGCCACGUUGAGUCAAUUUGUGCUUUUUAAGAAUGAAUGAUUGGUUUCUCAUACAUAACCACAGCUUUAAUAUCUUUAUUUUCCACUAAGACACUUCAUAAUGUAUUUGAUUUAAUUAAUAUUCACAUAUGUAUUCAUUGUUUGCUAUGAUAAAUAAGAAUCCGAUUUUUCUUGCCUAUCAUUUGAAAUGAUCACUAAGUACACUUGACUUACCAAUUCAUCAAUAUUGCUUCUGUGCUUGUGGCGUUUAGCAGCCUGAGGUGGGCACUGUCGAGCUUCAUUCAGAGCAUCAGUACCGCCAAUAAAAGCCCACAGAUGUUAGAGACUUA